CAGUCCCCUGAUGCCUGCUCCAGGUUCACUGAGGCUACCCAAAACUGAAUAUAAUACAGAGUUGGAAGCUUGUGCAAGCUAUGGACCCAUUUAGGAAAUAGUGUGUCAAGACUGGAUGUUAAUGUUCUUCUACUCUUGGGAGCUUAGUGAAUUCAUUCCUACUUCACUACUUCCUUCUCCCCUCCUUUAUCCUGCUUGGUAAAGUGAUAUUACUUUUACAUUAUGUUUAUUUGCUGUCUGCGCUUUUAUACUGCAUUUUGGCUGGAGAAAAAAAAAUCAGCUAAUUCUGUCAUUCUAAGCAAGUGUUUGCUGGCAAUGAUUGGACUUCUCUGGAGAAGGAGAAAGGGGAAAAUUUGGACAUCUAACCCUGGACUUGGCCAUGAGUUUCAUAUUUAAGGGUUCUGCUCCCCCACCCAAAGAAACAUAAAGGGAGGACAUACAUGUUUCAUUAGUUUUGAGAUGGGAGGGUUUUCAUUUUGUUUUGUUUUCUUUUUCAAGACUGAAACUUCUUAUGUUCAAAGUGGUUUCUGGAUAUUGCUGUACCCUCCAAACAACAGCUAUAAAUGGUCUUUGCUUUACAGUUCAAAUGUAGUUCCAGUUAGGAGCAGAUUUUGCUGGAAGCUGAGGUAUUUCCCUCCUGCAUUUCUGUACCUUUAGGUACCAGAGAAGGACUUGGAGUAGUCAUGUCAGAGACUUGUGAGGUCUGGUGCUCCAUUGGGUCCUAAGAAAGGGAUAAUGUUUUGUGUGUGUCCCCAGGGAGUGCCUCUGUUUCCUAUUCAAGCUUGUAAAAGAUGUCCUUGAGCAUUUACUCUUCCUCCCUGAGCUAUGUCUGCAACUCCAGGAGAAAUCAAGAGGUGGAACCUGGGCAGUCUUGCCCAUGAAGACACGCCUGGGUUGGUGAACAAGCUGUCUGUGCGUCCAUCAGACAACUGUUUUUCUUCCUCAAAGAAACUGUUGUCCUUGGUGUCCUUAUGAUUUCAUUUUGGGACCCUCCUGUCUCCCGUGGGCUGAGUUCCUGUGAAGGAUCUCAUUCCAGAGAAUCAGCUGGCCUCCUAACCUGCGCAGGGCACGUGCAGAACCAGGGCUGGUCCUCAGUGCUCUUCCAUUGCCCUCUUUUGUAGCCCAUUUUCACUGUCCACCUUCCCCCCAGCUGGCCAGUCUGGUGGCUCCUCCCGGGGCAAAGCCGUCCCCUCCCUGCCGCCCUCUCCAAGGCCGCCAGCUCCGUUGGGCGGCUCAGAUCUCCCGGGACAGGCGGUGCUGCCGCAAUCUGCUCCCGCGCCACCCCGCAGUCCGUCCUCCCCGGGCUGCCACGGUGGCUCUCGCGCGGCUCUGACUCCUGAUGAGGAUGCCGGGGCCCCCGCUGCCUCUGCACAAAAGCCUCCACAUGGGCCUCUCCCUCCUUCUGCUUUUUGGCACUCCGCCUCUGCAGACACUCGCGUGGGGUCUGGCCGGUCUGGGCAGCCUUCAGCAAACGCAGCACCCCCCACCACUGUGUGUGACACACUGCCCAGGUCAGGGGGACGCCACGAGGGGGCGCGAUGGCGCGGUGCAUUGGCGGCCAGGGAGGAGCCGAGCCCCAGGCAUGCGCAGAAAGCGCGGCAGCCUCGAGACUACGAUUCCCAGAAGGGCUUGCUCACCCGCGUGCAUCUUGCAAGUUCAGAGGAGGGAGGUUGGUCGGUUCCUUUGACGUCAUUUCCGCUGCGCCCCCUCGCCCCACUUUCACGCUUUGGGGUGUCUGUUUUUCUUCUCUGCCCCGAGUUGACCGGAAACGGGCUCUCCCUUCUGUGGCCUCUGCUCUGCCCCAGGAGGACAGCCUGGAGGAAGAGGGAAUGGCUCCUGCCCUGACAGCCAGGCCCGGGAAGGAAUCAGUGACAUUCCAGGAUGUGGCUGUGGAAUUCUCCUUGGAGGAGUGGAUUCAUUUGAACCUGUCUCAGAAAAACUUGUACAGGGAUGUGAUGCUGGAGAACUAUAAGAACUUGGUGUUUUUGGGAUUUGCAGUUUCCAAACCAGAUGUGAUCUACCAGUUGGAAAGAAAGGAAACAUCUUGGAUGCCAGAGGCAGAUAUUCCAAGAAGCAACUGUCCAGGGAGCAAAGGAUUUACUGAAGAGAAAUUUUAUAAAUGUGGUGAAUGUGGGAAGACCUUCAGGAGUAAGACGCAACUUACUAUGCAUCAGAGUAUUCAUACUGGAAAGAUUCUUCAUGAAUGUAAGGAGUGUGGGAAGGCUUUCAUCUACAACUCAGAACUUCGUCUACAUCAGAGAAUUCAUACUGGAGAGAAACCUUAUGAAUGUAAUGUAUGUGGGAAGGCCUUCAGGAGGAAGGCAAAUCUUACUGUGCAUCAGAGAAUUCAUACUGGAGAGAAACCUUAUGAAUGUAGUGAAUGUAGGAUGGCCUUCAGGCGUAAGACACAGCUUACUGUGCAUCUGAAAGUUCAUCCUGGAAAGAUUCUUUAUGUAUGUAAAGAGUGUGGGAAGGCUUUCCAAUAUAAUUCAGAACUUAUGAAACAUCAGAGAAAUCAUAUGGGAGAGGAGCUAUGUGAAUGUAAUGAAUGUGGGAAUGUUUUUAGGAGUAAAACACAACUUACCGUGCAUCAGAGAAUUCAUACUGGAGAGAAACCUUAUGAAUGUAAGGAGUGUGGAAAAGCUUUCUUCUACAACUCACACCUUAUUAAACAUCAAAGAAUUCAUACUGGAGAGAAACCUUAUGAAUGUAGUAAAUGUGGGAAGGCCUUUAGGAGGAAGGGAAAUCUUAAUAUGCAUCAGAGAAUUCAUACUGGAGAGAAACCGUAUGAUUGUAGUGCAUGUGGAAAGGCCUUCAAGAGGAAGUCAACUCUUAAUAAGCAUCAGAGAAUUCAUACUGGAGAGAAACCUUAUGAAUGUAAUGAAUGUGGGAUGGCCUUUAGGCUUAAGACACAGCUUGCUAUACAUCAGAGAAUUCAUACUGGAGAGAUACCUUAUGAAUGUAGUGUAUGUGGGAAGACCUACAAUAGGAAGUCAAAUCUUACUGUGCAUCAGAGAAUACAUACUGGAGAGAGUGUUUAUGAAUGUAAGGAGUGUGGGAAGGCUUUCCAUCACAAGGCAGUUCUUAGAAAACAUCAAAGAAAUCAUCAGGGAGAGAAACCUUAUGAGUGCAGUAUAUGUAGGAAGACCUUCAGGAUGAAGUCAUAUUUGACUGCACAUCAGAGAGUUCACACUGGAGAGAAACCUUUUGAAUGUAGUGAAUGUGGGAUGGCCUUCAGGCGUAAGACAGAGCAUACUGUGCAUCAGAGAAUUCAUACUGGAGAGAGUCUUUAUGAAUGUAAGGAAUGUGGGAAGGCUUUCUUCUACAACUCAGUAUUUAUUCUACAUCAAAGAAUUCAUACUGGAGAGAAACCUUAUGAAUGUAGUGAAUGUAAGAAGGUGUUCAGGAGUAAAACACAACUUAAUGUACAUCAGAGAGUUCAUCCUGGAAAGAUUCUAUAUGAGUGUAAAGAGUGUGGGAAGGCUUGCCAGUACAAUUCAGAACUUAUUCGGCAUCAAAGGAUUCAUGCUGGAGCUAGACCUUACGAAUGUAGUGAAUGUGGGAAGGCCUUCAUGAAUAAGAGAACACUUACUGUGCAUCAGAGCAUUCAUACUGGAGAGAAACCUUAUGAAUGUAGUGAAUGUAGGAAGGCAUUCAGGUGUAAGACACAACUUACUGUUCAUCAGAGCAUUCAUACUGGAGAGAAACCUUAUGAAUGUAGUAUAUGUGGGAAGGCCUUCAGGAGGAAGCCACGUCUUACUAUGCAUCAGAGAAUUCAUACUGGAGAGAAACCUUAUGAAUGUAGUAAAUGUGGAAAGGCCUUUAGGAUUAAGGCACAUAUUACUAUGCAUCAGAGCAUUCAUACUGGAGAGAAACCUUAUGAAUGUAGUGUAUGUGGGAAGAUUUUCAAUAGGAAGUCAAAUCUUACUGUGCAUCAGAGAAUUCAUACUGGAGAGACACCUUAUGAAUGUAGUGAAUGCAGGAUGGCCUUCAGGUUUAAGAGACAGCUUACUGUGCAUCAGAGAAUUCAUACUUGAGAGAGACUUUAUGAAUGCAGUGAAUGUUGGAAGGCUUUUAUACAGAAUAUACAACUUUAUGUCCAUAAGGAAAUUUCAUACUUGAGAUAUUCCUCAUGAAUGUAAAGAGUGGGAAGAACAUCACAGCUUAGAUUUAAUUGAACAUCACAAAAUUCAUUCUGCUGAGGGUCUCCUUCAGAAGUAAGCUACAAUUUAUUGUACAUCAGAGCAUUUGUACUAGAAAAAACCUUAUGAAUGUAGUGAAUAUGGGAAGACCUUCAGGAGUAAGACACAAUUUACUGUGCAUUCAAAAUUCAUACUGGGAAGAUUCUUUAUGAAUAUAAGGAGUGUGGGAAGGCCUUCCAUUACAACUCAGAGCUUAUUGGACAUCACGGUAUUCAUACUGAAGAGAAACUGUAUGAAUGUUGUUUAUGUGGGCAUGCCUUCUUCCUGACUUUAGAAAUUACUCAACAUUAGAGUAUUGAUAUUGGAUAGAGCUCUUAUAAAUGUGAUGAAUGUGAAAGAUCUUCCGACUGAGGACGCAACUUAUUCAAUAUCGAAGAAUCUAUUCUGGAGUGAAACCUUAUGUAUUAGGUAAUGCAUGUAGGAAGGCAUUUAGACUGAGGACACUUCUCUGAUGUCUAUCAGAGAAUUCAUACUCUGUAGAACCUUUAUGAAUGUAAAGUGUGUGGGAAGAUCCAGUAGGUAUCUAGACUGAGUCUGAGUCCUUAUGUGAAGUUCUAAGAGUCCUUAUUUAGCCCUCAUGAAAGGAGAUACUCCUCUCCUCUGCAGAGCUUUCUAAAGGAAGAGAGAUUAAUGUUAUUCUCUCACAGACCUUCUGAUAUGGAGAGGAUUUGGUGGUUGAGCCAGAGGGUACUGAGUGGGUGGUGUUUGGGGGAGAGCCUUGAUAUUAACUUUGAUCCCUGGACAGAUGGCAUGCAAGAGGCAUAUGGAGAUGUUUUGGCCAUCAGAUGAGCCUGAUGUAUGAUAAGUUGUUGACUGUGCUUGAGGAAUAUAUCAUAAUCUGAGCUGUGUUCCUGAUGUUGCUGGUGCUGCUUCUGCUCGUAUUCAUCAGAGUAGCCACUGAACUAUACAGAUUUGGAAUCACAUUAAUUUUUAAAAAGCCAAGUAAGCGUCUCUGGCAGAUAUUGGUGCUACAUGAUUUCUGUCCGUUGUUCUGAAUAUGAAAGUGAAGGAAUUCCAUGAAGUGCCGAUAAACACUUAGUAGCGUUUGCAUAGUGGUGAUGCACAGUAACACUACUGUGCAUCAGAGAAUUCAUGCUGUAGAGAGUGUUAAGUCUCUGUUAGUAGUAACUGUUACUCUUUUAAGGUAGCCACAGGCCUUGUCAUCUAAUUAGUGACAUAUGAAAAGUAGAAUGGGAUUCUGAUUGUGGUCGAAGGAUAUGAACAGGAAGUUUUCAGAAGAAAUUAAAGCUAACAAUUGUCAUAGGAAAAAAUACUCUAAAUCACUAUUGAUUAGAGAAAUGCAAAUAAAACAAUUCUAAGAUACCACUUUGCACUUAUUAGAUCAGGGAAUGUCAUAGAUAAGAAAAAUGACCAAUUCUGGAGGGUUAUGGAAAAACAGGGACAUUAAUGCGUAUUGCAGCUGUUCCAAUUAUUCUCAUGAACAAUUUGGAACUGUGCCUAAAGGGCUAUAAAACUCUGCAUUCCCUUUCAGGGAGCUAUAGCACUACUUGUUCUGUAUGCCAAAGAGAUCAAAGAAAAAGGAAAAGUACCUAUAUGUACAAAAAUAUAGCAGCUCUUUUUGUGGCAGCAAAGUAUUGAAAUUGAUGGGAUCCUCAUUAUUUAGGGAAUGGCAAGACAAAUUGUGCUUUUUGGUUGUAUUGGAAUACUAUUUUGCUGUGAGAAAUGAUAGAUACUAGCUAGAUGGCUUAGAGGAUAGAGCAUUGUGCUUGAAGUGAGUACAACC